AUGGUCGCCAUCACCAGUUCGCUACACCUUCCAGUGGAUUCGAUCAGAUAUGUACACUUUGAUGGGAAUGCUAGCAUCGUCUACACCGAUUGCGGCAACCAUGUGACCAUGCAGACACUGAAUGCCAUACACGAAAUAUUGGGCAAUGAGCAGUUUUACCGCCUAAGAAGGAACAUGAUCGUAGGCCGAAGGGCAAUUACCGAAAUCCGUAGACAAGGAAGGGAUAUAUUGGUUUCAUUGGAACCGCCGUUCGAUGAAGAACUGCGUAUCAGCAAGACUCCCAAGGCCAAAUUCCUACAAUGGUCUUCCAAAGGCGCGUCCCGUUCAUAG